AUGAAAAUUGUAAUGUAUUUAAAUGUUAUUUCUAUCUUUUUUCAUUUAACGGCAACUGAAACGUACAAUAACGAAACGCUGUACAUUCCUUUAAUAAAAUGGAUUCGCAGCUACUAUUCGGCUUCUGCUGUCUUUUUGUUGCAUUCGUCUAGCGAGGAUAAAAAUUUCGAUGUUUGGAAACUAACAUAUUUAUCACACACAUGGUCUCGUCUUCUUCAUCGUGAACAAAUUGCAACUUUAAGUAGCACAUUCAAGAACAUUCACGUGCUAGAUAGAAAUAAUACCCUCCGACCGUUGGCCAUCGUUUUUUUAUCCGGAUCUGACGCAGUUUUUGAAUUUUCAAAGUAUUCGGAAUCCUUUAGAAUAUCCCAUUUUGCAUGGUUUGUGAUAUUCGUGCCUACGGCGACGCACGCGGAAAACUAUUGUUACAAUCCGCCGGGAAAUCCAUUUAAUUUGUUAUACGACACUGAAAUGUUGGUAAUGUGUGCCGGUGACCCUGUUCUUCGUGAAUGGUAUUCCGUGGAUGGGAACAACACCGUCAUUUCCGAUUUAGUCAAGUGGUAUCCAAAGAAACAAUUGAAGUCCCCAACAGCAGUUGUUGACUUGUUGUCCAACUUGACUCUGCACGAGAGGAGGAAUGACCUGAAAGGAAAAGUUCUGCGAGCUGUCACCAUCAAGAACUCGAUAUUCGCGAAAAAAGGUGACAAGUUGGAAGGAUAUUUUAGUAGAGCGGUCAACGAGCUUGAAAAGUAUCUAAAUUUCACUCUUGAUAUCGUGACCGAGGAACUCGAGUUUGGGAGUUUCAAUGUGACGACGAAAUGUUGGAAUGGGGCAUUUCGUUUAGUGGCUUCUGGAGAAGUAGAUAUCGGAUUGUCCGAUUUUUCGAUGACAAAUUUUAGGCUUGAUUACGUCGAUUAUACGGUUCCUAUUAUAACUACCAGAGACUGUUUGUAUUUUAAGCAACCAGAAAUGUCAGCGGUGAAAUGGCUUGCUUAUUACAAGGCAUACAGUUUCGCGCUCUGGAUAUCUCUACUCAUGACGAUUAUAAUUGCUCAGUUUACUUUGGCUUUUAUAAGAUCUCGAAUAGAAUCCACUGAUCUAACCAUGGAAUUAUACCAUGAAUUUAUUCGAAUUUGGGGUAUAUUCUGCCAGCAAGGCAUUACAGAAGAAUUUCCACGGUAUUCGUCGCUAAGGUUAGCAUACUUUACCGUACUUGUUACCGGUAUAGUGAUAUUCGCCGCUUAUUCCGCGUCUAUGAUAUCCUAUGUAACAGCUUACGUUCAUAAUCUACCCUUCCGCUCGAUCGAGGAGUUUGUGAAUGAUGGUACAUACGAUGUAAUCCUCAAUAAAGAUUCCGCAGAUUACGAUAUGUUCGCCCUAUCGAAAGACCCCGUUUCGGUACACAUGAUGGCUAAACUAAGGCCGAUACAUACUCUACCAAUCACCAUAGAAGAUGGAUUUCAAAGGAUCUGCGACGAUCCUACAUUAGUGUACUACAGCGGUUAUGGUAAAAAAAUGCAGGGAAUAUCGAAUUUUCAUAUUCCUUGCGAUAUCGUCUGCAUUGACACUGGCCGAGUGGAUAGUUUGUCCCUAAUCCUUCCGAAAAAUAGCCAAUACACCUCGAUCUUGAAUUACUAUGUGCAGAAACUUCUGAACACUGGUCUACUGAACCGGUUUAAGAACGAAGUGUUUUUCACGAAGAAGAACACAUUUCAGCCGGUUGGAUUUUAUAGCGUGGCAUCUGUGUUAAUAAUCUUUUUCUGUGGUGUUUCACUAGCCCUUAUUAUAUUAAUCAUAGAGAUGUAUUGCAAUAGGUACCGAAAUUCUCAAUAAUUCAAUCGUCCAAUUAACAAAAGGUAAAUUCGUCAAUAUGUGUGUAUCAAAGAUUCAA